GCUGCCCAGCCCAGGGCAGAGGAUGGGAACCCAGCACGGGGAGCAUGUGACAAAUGCAUAUUUUAACCCCACCCCCGGGACUGGAUUGCUACCGAGCCGGGCAUGGAGAUGAAAGCAACAUCGGCUGCAGCCCUUCGCCAGCUCCCCUGAUACAACUGCUUGCUAGGAUGGGAAGGAAACUGGAUCUUUCCAAGCUAACAGAUGAAGAGGCCAAGCAUGUCUGGGAGGUGGUUCAACGGGACUUUGAUCUGCGGAAGAAAGAGGAAGAAAGAUUGGAGGAACUGAAAUGCAAGAUUGAAAAGGAGGGCACCAAGAGGGAGCUCCUGUCCAAUCAGUCCCACCUCAACGAGACUCACUGCGUCCACUGCCUGCAGCCCUUCAAGUUCCUGGUGAACAGCAAGCGCCAGUGCUUGGACUGCCACUUCUACACCUGCAAGAACUGCAGCCGCUACAACAAAAAGGAGCAAGCCUGGAUCUGUGACCCUUGCCGCUUAUCCAGGAUUGUGAAGAUUGGCUCCCUGGAGUGGUAUUAUGAACACGUGAGAUCCCGGUUCAAGCGGUUUGGAAGUGCUAAAGUGAUGCGGUCUCUCUACGGCAGGCUACAGCAUGGGCAGAAAAUGAAUCCAACGUUGCUAGGUCUUCAUGACAGAGUUUACAGCUUGCCAGACAUCAACAGUGAGUGCCAGCUGCGUGCCGGCGGCGGGGUGCGCAGUGACAGCGAUGAUGAAGAUGACCUGGUGGAUGGAGCCGAAGCUGAGCACUAUACUAGGAUGCGCAAGACAAAGCGCCUGCUGUCUGUUCAUCCCUUUGAUUUUGAUAUGGACUCAGAAUAUUCUGCUCAAUCACGCCGUCAAUCUGUGCAGCUUUCUCAAACUCCGGUCAACCAGGAUGGCCACCAGUCAUUCCCGGAUUUCCCUGAUGCCGGCGAGGACACAUCCCGGAAGGAGACACUGAUUGCUGAAGCAGACCUGGCUGCAGUGUUCCAUCAGAUCCUUCAGGAGCAGGGACAACAUAUGACCCCUCCAGAGCAGGAGUUUAGUACCGAGGUCCGGCUGACAGUGAACUCACGAAGGAAGAGCCUGGAAAGGAAUCCCAAACCUGAUCAUAAUCCCUGCCCUGAGCUUCCAGUGACUCGAACCCGUUCUGUCCCCAAAGGCAGCCCAUGGAACGAGCAGCACCGACCCCAGUACUCACCAGAUAUGGACACCUCCGAUGAGGAUGUAAAGGGAGCCCAGAAGAUACCUGUCUACCAGCCCCAUCACGUGAAACGCCGAAACAGAGCCUCCUCCCAGGAGAAUAUAAACCACUCUGGAAAUCAGAUAUUUGAACUCAACAAACGCAUGUCAGCUAUUGAACACAUGCUGAACCGUCUGGAGGAAAGAAUCUUGGUGCACUCAGAAGAGUCUCCGGCCCCUGAGUCCCACACUGAUCCUGAUGUGGAAGAGGAGGAAUUGAAGAGGAAGCUGGAGGAGUUAGCCAGCAACAUCAGCGACAAAGGAGUUUCUUCUGAGGAAGAGGAGGAAAAGAAAAAGGAUGAACCAAAACCCGAAUUGAGCUCCUCCAGCAGUGACCCACCCAGUGAUGCUCAGAAGGUCUCCACAACUGCUGGAAAGACAUCCAGGCUGGAUCAAACCCCAAGGGACCUAGAGGAACGUGCGCGGCACAGCAGGACCACAGACUCCGAGCUGUCAGAGCUGGAGGACAAAGUGGCAUCGGCGGCCGUGCAGAUGCAGCGUGCCGAGAGCGAGGUUUCCGAUAUAGAGUCUCGAAUCGCAGCGCUGAGUGCUGCUGGGCUGACAGUGAAACCAGUGGAAAAGCCAAAGAAGAAAUACAGCACGCAGCUGAUUAUGCUCCAGCCUCCCAGGAACGCAGGUAGCGACCAAGGAGAUCUAAGUACAGACUCUUCAGAGAUGGCAUCGCCAAAUGACUUCAAAGUAAUGUCUAUGCCACAGGUGUUAAGGAGAAAAUUCAACAGUUCCCUUGAAAUUGCCGACGGCGACGAAUCCUUUGAUCGAAACUCCAUUUACCGAGGCUCUUUGACACAAAGGAACCCCAACGGGAAGAACAGAAAAGCAGAUCGCAUCUUCGCGAAGCCUGUGAUGACUCAUCGACCCUGAAGAAGAUGGAGCCUCACGACACUGCAGUUUUACUAACAAUGCCCGGCCUCAGCUCAGAGCUUCACCUUUAUUUCCCUCAACACAUUCUCCAAAGGGCUGGACAGAGAGGAGGAGGCAGUCCCGUGGGACAAGGAAAUCCUGUCGAGUUGUGCUCACAGAGCUCUGGCUCCACCUUGCUACCCAAGCAACCAUGUCCCAGUAAGAAACUUGCUGCCUGUUCCUGACAGGAUUUCCAGCCCACAGUGUCUGGCAAGGCAGCCCUAGCUGUAACACCGCACACCCUCUCUGUUUCUUCUGCAAGUCUCUGUUGUUGUGAAACCAGGGCAUCUGUCAGCAUUGGAAAGCAGCGUUGUCAAGGCUGGGAGUUGGGAGGGUUAACUCAGUGAGCCAGAUACAUGCUGGGUGUAAUUCUGGUGGCUUCAGUGGAGUGAGUUGUUUUCCUCUUGGGAUGGUGCAGAGAAGUCAGUGAUUGGACCCAGCAGUAUUCAAGAGUUUGCAGUGGAUUUAAAGUGCCCACUCCCCACUGUCUUGAAUGGGCGUCACGUGGCUAAAACCCAGCCCAACACUUUGC